AUGUCCCGUGUCAAGUUCAACGUCAACUCCGAAUACGCCUACCUCCAAAACUUCAAAGUUCUUCAGAACGUUUUUGCCCGCCAUGCCGUUGACAAGCCGAUCCCCGUUCAAUCCCUUUCAAAAUGCCGCAUGCAGGACAACCUUGAGUUCCUGCAGUGGGUCAAGCGAUACUGGGACCAGCACUACCCGGGCGGUGACUACGAUGCUGUAAGCCGACGGAAAGCGUCAGGCGCUCCUGGCGGUGGUGUUGCCCCGGCUGCGCGUGCUCCCUCUGCUGGAUCCCGGCGUGGAGCGACCCCUACCACGACUGCAGCUCGGGGUCCCCGGGUUGCCGCGGCAGCAAGUGGACCUGCCACCGCUGCUCUGCAGCAGGAGAUUGCGACACAGAAGGAGGCUAUCAGCGGCCUGGAGAAAGAGCGAGACUUCUACUUCGCUAAACUACGUGAUAUUGAGCUGCUUCUGCAGAGUGCUAUUGAGGCUGAUCCCGAGUUGGAAAAUGGUGAUGAUUCGCUGGUCAAGCACAUCCAGGGUAUCCUGUACUCCACUGAGGAUGGCUUCGAGAUCCCUGCCGAAGCAGAGGAAGGCUUGAAUGAGGAACUGGAGACGUUUUAA